AUGACUAUUGAAUCAGAUUUAGAAUCUAAUAGAGUUAAAGAAUUAGAUAAUUUAUUAACUAUUAUAAAACCAAAAAUUCUUGAAUAUAUAGCGAGAUCAGAUCCAAAAAAUGAAAAUUAUUCAAAUGAUUCAUUAGGAAAAUAUUAUGAACCAAAUUUUUUAAAAUCUAAAUUUAUAAAUAUUGAUGAUAAUUUACAAAAACCAGCUUCACAGACCGAAUUAUUGGAAGUUAUUGAUAAAGUUUUAGAAUAUUCUGUAAAUACUUGGAAUCCUGGAUUUUUAGAUAAAUUAUAUGCUUCAAAUAAUCCAAUAGGAGUUAUUUCAGAUAUUUUAUUAAGUAUAUUAAAUACAAAUUCUCAUGUUUAUACAGUAUCACCUGUAUUAUCAGUAUUAGAAAAUUUUAUUGGUAAAAAAUAUGCUUCAUUAUUUUUUAUAAAUAAUCAAAAAACAUGUGGUGGAUUAACUUUUAGUGGAGGAUCAUGGUCAAAUAUAACAAGUUUACAAAUUGCAAGAAGUUUAAAAUUUCCAGAAACUAAAACUAGGGGAAAUUUGAAUUAUAAAUUUGCUAUAUAUACAAGUAAACAUUGUCAUUAUUCUGUUGUUAAAGGAGCUAUUUUAUUAGGAUUAGGUUCUGAUAAUGUUUUUAAAAUUGAUGUUGAUGAUGAUGGAAAAUUAAUUAUUGAUGAUUUGGAAAAAACUAUAACCAAAAGUAUUGAAGAUGGUUAUACUCCAUUAUAUAUAAAUUCAACUGCUGGUACCACUGUUUUUGGAUCUUAUGAUAAUUUUACUGAAAUUUCAAAAAUUGCUAAAAAAUAUAAUAUUUUUUUCCAUAUAGAUGGAUCGUGGGGUGGUAAUGUUAUAUUUUCUGAAAAAUAUAAAGAUAGAUUAAAAGGAAGUGAAUUUGCUGAUUCUAUAACUGUAAAUCCUCAUAAAAUGUUAGGUAUACCAAAUACUUGUUCAUUCUUGUUAUUACCAAAUGUGAAUAAUUUUCAAACUGCAAUGAGUUUAAAAGCUCCUUAUUUAUUUCAUCAAAGAGAAAAUGAAGAUGAUGAAAAUUAUGAUUUAGCAGAUGGUACAAUGGGUUGUGGUAGAAGAGCUGAUAGUUUUAAAUUUUAUUUAAGUUGGCUUUAUUAUGGUCAACAAGGUUUUUCAAAAAGAAUAAAUCAUGCUUUUGAAAUUCAACAAUAUUUUGUUAAAAAAAUUAGUGAAGAUUUAAGAUUUGAAAUUGUUGGUCCAAAUCCUCCUCAAUGUUUACAAGUUUGUUUUUAUUAUAAACCUAAACAUAUUAAAACGGAAAAUAAUACAGAAAUUACAAGAUUUAUUUCUAGAAAAUUACAUUUAUUAAGUAAAUAUCUUGUUGAUUUUAGUCCUAAUCCAAAUGAUGAUUCUAAAGGAGAAUUUUUUAGAGUUGUUUUUAAUUCACCUAUUCUAACUGAUAAAACAGUUGAUGAUUUAAUUGAGAAUAUUAUUAAUGUUGGUGAUGAAUUUAAGGAACAAUCAUAG